AUGGCAUCUAAGGAGUCCAACAAAGAAAUGAACGUUUUGUCUGGGAAAGAAGAAAUACUUCAUAAUAUAAAUAUUGGAAAUAUGAUUUUGAGCGCAUUUAAAUCUAGGCCGGAUUUUGUCGGUCAGAUAAAUGCAGUGACGGAAGAGCAAAUUACAUACCAGCAGAUGCGAGAGAACAGCGUUAAAUGUGCAUUGUGGUUAAAACAAUCAUGCUAUAAAAAUAUCGUAAUAACAAUAUGCACACGUUAUAAAAUGCUCGAAUAUAUACCAUUUUUAGCGAGUUUAUAUAUCGGUGCUACUAUCAAUACGUGGGAUGAAAAGAACAUGAACGAUAGGAUACGUAUUACGUAUUUUCUGAUAGAAUAUGAACCAAAUAUUAUUUUCAUCGAUAGUGACAAUUACAGCCAACUCAAAUCAGCUAUGGAAUACAUGAAUUAUAACAGAAAAAACAUGAAUCCUCCAAAAAUCAUAACUUUUGAUAAAAUUGAAGGUGUAGAUUCUCUCGAAUCAAUUUUGAACAACGAUUUUGAAAAAACUAAAAUCGAUGAAUUUUCCUGCGCGAAGAUGGAACCACUGGAUAUUGUAGCGAUAAUGUUUUCUCCCAGUACAACAAGUUAUUCUGAUAGUAAAGUAUAUAUUCGUUAUUUUGCAUUUACAUAUCCAUCGAAUCAGGAAGUACCCGUAAUAUCUUCCGGUAACAUUGGUCUAUGGUAUGCAUCUUUAAAUUGGAGUUAUGGUGUGAUCUUGACCGUUCGUUGUAUAAUUUCAUAUGUGACAGUGAUCAAGUGUUCGAAAUUCAGUGAUAAAAAUAUGUACGAAACGAUAGAAAAGUACAAGGUAUCGUGGGUAUUUUUUGAAAGCAAGAUGCGCAACCAAAUGUUUUAUACCGAUAUCCAUAUGUAUGAUAUCUCUUCUUUGAAGCAAUUAGUAAUCGAUGAUUCAGCCAUCAAUUUCAGUGAUGCUCAAGAAAAACUUAGCGAAAAAUUUAUAAAUGUUUCUAUCAUUCAAGUAUAUAGUAUGUACAAUUAAUUAUGCAUAAUUGUGGCUUAUCAACGAAAUAAUCAACGGUUCGGAUCGAUCGGUUAUGUGGCUAAAAAUGUUCAAUUAAUGGUUCUUGAUAUGGAAUCGAAAAAAGCAAUUGGUUCAAACAAAGCAGGCACGAUCUGGUACAAAUUCAUAUGCAAAUGUUGCUCUCCUCAGACGUGCGAAUUGCAAAAUUGUUACAACUAUAAAGCGAAAGAAAAUACAAUUGGCAAGGAUGAAUAUAAUGUAUAUUUUAACAAAUGGUGCUGUACCGGAGAUUACGGCUAUUAUGAAAAGGAUGGCGAAAUCUAUCUCAUCGAUAAAGUAAAGGAUCUUAUUAAAUAUAGAAUAUUCUAUCUCUCACCUACAAGAAUUGAGAAUACAUUACUACAACAUCCAGCAGUGUCAGAAGUCGUUGUACGAUCUAUACCACAUACUACUAAUGGCCAACAUCCUAUAGCUUAUGUUAAAAAAGAAUGCGGAGCAGAGGUGACGAAAGAGGAAUUGAUAACAUUUGUAGCAAACAAUUUGCCUGAGAUCUACCAACUGCGCGGAGGCUUGCACUUCAAGAGACACAUACCACAUCUUCCCAAUGGAAAAAUCGAUCGAAUGCUAGUUACCGGCAUAUA